CGGCCUUUCUCGCUGGAUCCGUGAGACUUGCAAAUGCCACCAACGGUCGUGGCGCUACCGCCAACGCGGUGGGACACGAUCGCUGAGCUACUCGGUGCUGCAUACCUCGUGGUUACUGUUGGCGCGAGCGUCGCAGCGCUCCUCGUGCUCCGGCCGUACAUGACCAACGACUUUUUCUGGGCCAGCUUUGGGUCCUCCAACACAUCGCGAGGUCUCUUGACGGUCUUUGAGACGCAGCUCACGCUCGCAUCCCACCUAAGUGUGCUCGACCUCUCCAGCGUCUCGCUCGCUCCGUCCGCUGGUCUCAACCCGGCGUACGCACGCCUCGUCUUCUACGGCGACUUGGCGACGGUCGAGGCUGGGAUCGCCGGCCUCGGUCGCCUCGACGUCGCCAAAGUCACAUAUCUCAUGGCGCCCUACUGCUGGGUCGACUUGGAAAAACACUGGGAAAUGGCCCACACAUUUGAGCGUCAAGCGCGGUGUGGAGCUCGGUACGCGGCCAACGGCGCUGUGCACCUCGAGGCUGUCCUGCGCAACGUUGACUUGGCCGCGUGGCUCGUGCAGAACGACGCGCGCUUUCAAGCCCGCAUCGCUGGGCCGAUGGCGGUGACGCCUCGGGGAGAAGCGUGGCGCCAACAGCUCUAUGCUCACGUCCGCUUACCGGUGGCAGACGAAGUGGCUGUGUGGAAAGCGCACAAUCUGACGGAAUUUCAUCUGCAGUACGCCAACUAUGUCGGUCUCGGCGUCCAAGAAACUAUCUACAUCACCAACGCGAUGGGGUACGCGCUGAAGUGGCGCCUCAAGACGCUCCCGAGCAUGGCCGUCACGAGCGUCUGGAGCACGGCGUCGAUCUUUGCACCGCUCGAGUACGACCUUGUGGGCAUCGCGGCAGGCGAGAGCCUCGUGCGCAACACGAGCAGCUUUUGGGCCGACAUCAACCCGAGCGAAAUUGAAGUCUUCAACGUCGGGGCUCCCUUGGCGCCGGUGAACCAAGCGCUCCACGACCAGAUCGGGCCGCUCAUGUCGAUUGAUUUACGCUGGGUCGCUCCUCCGCCCUUGCUGCUUGCCAACGUCGCCGCCAUGCGAUCCUGUGUUCUUGCGGCCUUGCGCCGUCGCGACGCUGCGUUUCACCGUCUCUGGAGCGCGAUCCCGUCGAUGCCAGUGACACCCACGCCGGUGACGUGGCGCGACAUCACGCGCGCGUUUCUCGGUGGCAACCCCAUGUGCUACAGUGGCAUGCCGCUGCCGUUCGUGCAAGAGUCGUUCGGCUUUGACGACGCCUGUGGCACGCAGCAACCGCUGACGCUAAUAACGUCACCCUUUGGUGCUCUCUUUGCCGUCGCCAUGCAAACAGACAAUAUGAUCUGUCAUGCGACGCUGCCUCCGCACCAAGUGGCAAUGUGUCUCGAGCAGUUUGCAGCUGCGUCUGCAGCGUGGCAGUACCUGCAACUGUCUCUGCCUCCGAUCACCGCGAGCGACGUUGCUGCCACGUAUGUUCAGUUUACGACACCAGCCGCCACGCCGGGCAACGCUACGAUGCUCGUUCAGUCGCUACUGGCGCCGGACUGGGCGUACUUUGGCUGGAUGAGCCUCUACGACUGGGCCAUGAACGAGAAGGAAGUUGUGUCCUUCGAAGGCGACAUACAGACGCUUUGGCUCAUGUCGUAUGCGUAUACCCCCAUGGUGCGCCCCGAGCCGUCGCUGCGAUCGAGUCUGGCUGUCUACUUGGCGUACUGUGCUGCUGUCGUCACGAUAGGACUGGCGGGCGUCGCGCUUCUCUUGCUGCUGGUCGCGUGGCACACGUCGUCGCGAUGCAGUCCGUGGCUCGGCUUCAACUGCGUCGUCGGGUCAGUCUGGCUAAACCGCAAUGUCCUUGCAUGUCGCGCCUUGGCAGCGGCGAUUUGCUUGGCCACCGCACAGUGGGGGCCGUCCGAUCCCACCUCCCCCGUCUUUGGGCUCGAGCCGCAACCGAGGUCGCUCCUCACGUCCGGGCUUCUUGCGGGCGACGUCACUUGGACCACGCUCGUCGCCCACGAAACACUGCAGCCGCUCGCUCCCAACCGACAUCGAAACGCGCUAUGGCCCAGCGCAGUGCUCACGUGGCUGCUUCUUUUGCUCGUCGACCAAGUGGCGCCGGUGCAAGCAACUGCGUCCAUAGCACGGUCGUGCUACAGUGUCAAUAUGGCCACCCUGGUGUACUGCGACAGCGGUGUCGUGGUGCUCGGGUCGUAUGCUCGCCUCUUGCAGCUCGGUGCCUGCAGUGUGCUAACGCCCCUUGCCGUGACCGUCUUCUCGCGCAUUGCAGCCCAACGCGACGACGCCGCGUCCCCUGGCCUUCUCUACACCUCAGCCUGCCUCGUGGGGCUCCGCGCUCACGAUGUAUUCGACGGUGUGCCCAAGAACGUCAUUGCGCGACUCAUGUGCGGCUUUGUCUCGGUGCCCUGGCGAGGCCGUUGGAUGACAUUUGAUACCAAGCUGUGGCGCAUGGUGUCCUCCGAGACGCGUGUCGUGUCGGUAGUGCCGGCUUCCUCGAUGCGCACGUUGCGACCGUCGACGCUGCUUUCGUUUGCAGUCGUGAAACAAGCGCGGCGCUGGUCGUGGCACGGCGUCUACCUUGUCGCGGGGGCGACCUACAUGGUCUUUACCCUCCUUGGCAACGUCACGUACCUCUCGCUCAUUCAAGCAUCGCUCGCCAACGACUACUACGUCGCUGGCUUCAACAGCAGCGGCAUGCACGCCUUCCUCGCCAAUGUGCUGAACCGCGAGCUCUUGUCGAUAUCGUCCGGUGUCGUCGCUCUGGACGACGCGAGCCGCGGCGACAUCAACCUGCACUACGACAGCGAGGCGAGCUCGAUUCAGUGGGGCGCGACGCUCGGCAACCGUCUGCUCCUGGAGCCGAGCGGCGUCUCGUUGGAGAGUGUCGUGCGGGACUUGCGGGCCAUGGACCCGUGUCAACUGCCGUGGAUGGCGACGCAGUACUGCUGGCUCGACCUCGAGCGCCAGUGGGCCAUGGCGUCGACGGCCGCGCGGCAGGCGCGCUGCGAAGCAUCGAUGACAGCGAACGGUGCCGUGUACUUGGAAGCGCCACUGCGCAACAUGAACGACUGGACCGCGUGGCAGCGCUGUUGGGGCGAUUCGUUUCAAAUUGGCAUCGCCGCCUCCCUCCAUACGCUCACGUCGGGCCAAGCCUGGCUACAGCGACUUCAAACGCUGUCGACAUCGAUCAACGACGAAGCAGCGCUCUGGCGACGCUACGGGCUCACGUCGUUCGACUUGCAGUGGCAAAACUACAAGACUGUGGGCUUGACGCAUGCGUUUCAUAUCACAAAUGCGCUCGGUGUGACGUACUCGCUGCCGCUUGGGGACGUGAUCGGCAGCUUCCAUCCGACGCAGCAGACGUCCAUGCGUGCGUACUGGACGCUGGCGAGCGACUUGUGGGCGGUCGCGACCAAUGCCAGUGGCAUGGGCGGGCGCAGCCUUUUGGCGUCGAGUCCAGCGUUUGCAUUCGUCAAUGUAUCGGGCCAAGCGCUCUUAGCACGCAACCUGACGCUGCCGAGUCCGCUCCGGAGCGGUUUGGUGUCGUUUACAAGCCGCGUGGGUCCUUUCAACGCCGUCGACAUGCUGUACGUAGCCGUACCGGACGUCGUGAGUCGGUUGGUUGCGAGCAUGACGCAGUCGCUCGCGGCGCUGGUGCUCAACGAUGCCACGGCGCGCCGUCGGUUCUACGAGCUGGCGAUUCCAAGCUCGAUCUUUGACGCGCCCGGUGUGCUCAUCAACGACACGACGGCCGUCGUCGUCGGCGGCAACAUUCUCUGCGGCAACGACAACGCGGCGUACCCAGCGUCGGUCGCCUUGUACAAGCUCUUUGGCACCGACGGGCUCUGCUUUGUCAACUUUGCCGAGCAGAUCUACCCGACGACCCAAGAGAUGGUCGUUGCGCUCGCUGUCACCGAAUGGACGACCCCGGUGGCGGUGGCAGCGGCGAGUAUUUGUCGACUCAACAACGCUGCCGCCGCGUCGUGCGCCUCAACGUACAUGGCCCUCUCAGCGUACAUCGCCGAGUACGCUCCCACCUUUCCGUCGACGAGUUUGCAUUCGAUGGCGGCCGAUGCCAAGCGUAGCGUAGCGACGCUCAACGUCCAGCUCACGCAGUACGUCGACUACAACGACGGCCGCGGCGCCGACCUCUUCAGCCUGCCGCUGUUCGACGAGAGCGAUCCUGCGUGGGCAUUCUACGGCUGGUGUUACGUCUACGAGUGGGCGACCGGCGGCCGAGAGGUGAUUCGAUUCGAGGGCGACGAGGGCGCCAUCACUGCGAUCUCCCACUACACGAUUCCGCAGAGCAUGGCGCCCGACCCAGCGUCGAUCCCUGCGAGCUUUGCUGCCUUUUGCCAGUACGCGGUGCUGUACGUCACCCUCGUGCUCAUCGCAACGUCCGGGCUCGUGGCUACGAGCGCGCUCUACUGUCGCGGCCGCAUCGAGGGCCUCAACUUCUUCUGCGUCAACCGCCUCGUCGGGCUCAUCUGGGUCGGACGCACCCUCCUCGUGCUCCGGACGAUUACAGCGCUGAGUCUCUUGAGCACGGUGCCCUUGGCGCUGACCCGCGUCGAUGGCGCGACGCAGCUCGUCUCGCCGGCCGUGCCUUGGUUCAAGACGAUCCUCGCGGCCUCCGAAGUGACAUGGCUCGUCUACGUCCUCAACGACGUCUUGAGCUGCGUCACGCUGGCCCACACGGCGUCGUAUGCGUUCAAAAGCUCCAACCUCGCAUGGCUCCUCGUCGCGAUCUGGUCCAUGAUGCAGCCACAGCGCGCCACCUUCCGCUUGCAGCGCGCGUGCACGCGCGUGGACAUGGACGCGGGCCUUGUCUGUGUCGGCGGCACCAUCGAAGUGGGUAGCUGGACGCGACUGCAGCUGGCGGUGCUGCUGGCCAUCGCUUGCGUCGUCGGGUGCUACCUCUACGACCGGUGGCGCUACCCGAAUCAACAAACAAACGCGACGAUGGCGUCGGCCCUCGCGCUCAACGCACAGAGUGUGUACCUGCUGCGCCUCACACGCUGGACGCACGACGGCGAGACGUACUUGGACACGACGUCCGCGAUCCUCGCGGGCCUCUUGGUGCUCGAGGUGCAUGGACGUUGGUAUGUCUUUGACAUCAAGACGUGGCGCUGGUUUUGUCGACCCCGGCGCCCGAGCCCGACAACGCACUUGGCGUUUGCGAUUCCAUUGUGCGACCUCAGCUAAGGAACGAGCAGCGAGGACGAGGCAGAUAUAUGUCAUCAUUAUACGUUAUACUAAUGUUACGACGAGUACGUUGACGGCGU